AUGACGCUGGCUUUGGAGAAAGCAGGGUCGUCAUUCACUGGCUGGAUACGAUCGUGCUUCCCAUGUAUAGACUUGGAGGAUGGCAGCCAGCCCAAUCGACCAGCUGGAAACCGCGGUGUCGAACGGGAAAUGAAAGUAUGCCAUACUCAACCGCAUCUUGUCCCACCCAUGAAACUGGUGGUAUAUGAUGACCUACCCAGUCCAAGUAUCCAUCAAUCUCGGAAUUCGCUGUCAUCGUGGUUCAACGAUGGCCGACACUUAGCAUCGCGAGCCUCUAAUCGGGCAAGCUUGUCCUUGAAAAGAUCGUCAACAACCCCGUUGAAGAUCAGCGCACCCUCGGACUUUCGCAGAGUACAAUCGUUCCAUGACCAUCCAGCACAGUCCUUCCACUAUCCUCCAGCUCCGACAUAUCAUCCCCUGGAUCUUCGAAUCCAUCAAUCAGGCAGUCGAUUGUCCGACCUACCUUCCUUCGAAACAUUUCAACUGUACGAGAGCCGCCAGCGCAAGACGCCACCAGUGCCCCCUCGUGCCCUCACCACCUCAACACGCAUUCGAGAGCGACAUCACUCGAAGGCAUCUGUAGUAUCUCGCAAGCCAGUUGGGUCCCAGAAACGCCGAUCACUGGGAAACCUAGAGCCUGUCCUCGUCGAAGAACCAGUUCGCAUUACUAGCUCUCUCGUUCCGCAUUUCUCCAAGCUCAACCCCUUCGAGGUAUCUGUCGCGGGUACUCGAGCAGCAUCUCCCAUCCACGGCAGGUCAAAAUCAGAAGGCAAUCAAUUAACACUGAACACGCCAUGGCCGACCGACGUAAGCAUCAGUCAGCCCUGGGGGAAAGAACCCCGGACUCCUGUCUCGAAGACCCUGCACACAGAAUCGCCAGAUACAUCCCCAUCCGAGUAUUCGGGGAAGUAUAAAGACAGUCCUUCGUCGGCCAGCUCACGCACGACGUCAUCACAAAUCUCAUUACACCGUCCUUCUGUCCCAGUCUCUGAGGACCGAAACGGAAUCGACCCCGUUUCCAAUUCUGCUUCCAAUCGUGUAACCCAAUGGAUGUUCCCUACAUCUACCAAGUCCGUUUCGCCCCCAAAACAAAUUUCUGUGCCCCGCGCGAACGGGUUCAACUGGGAGCGCGCCCGCACACUGAGCGGCACUACUGUUGCAUCCAAUAGCACAACCAUCGCCGGUAGCCCCCGAGCACGGAACAACAGUUCAAUCUCGAGUGCAUAUUCCAGCGCCAUGACCCCACGCACUUCAUUCCAGGUUGCCUCGACUGCCCCAGAAAAAGAUCUAGACGUUGGUGUCUGCUACCCGACUAUCUUUGAGGGCCAGCAGCACCAUAAUUUCUCCGCGUAUCAGGACAACCGAAAUAUGCAGUAUCACGAGUCUGGAAUCGGGGUGGCAUUCUGA